AUGGGUCAGUUCCCGGCAAGAAUCAUGUUGACGCUUCUCAUUGUCGGCUGCACUCUUUUUCUCCUAUACUACAUCUGCCAGAAGUUGGGAGAGUAUCACGACGAUCGACUUACCCGGAAGGUCCACGACUAUGAGAUGGAAAGACGUGAGAGAGGCAGUGCUAGCUUUGAUGGUGUUGACGGCGAUAGGGGAGGAGGAACCGCUGCUGCCAGAGAUAUUGAAGACACUACUGCUAGCGGAGCUGGUGGAGCUCUAGAGGGAGAAGAUAAUGGAGAUAUUGGAUUGGCUCGUACCCUACCUUUGGAGGGAUAUUGGUUCGGCUCGCACUUUGCCGUUGGAGGAAUGAGUAAUAAUGAUGUCUUCUACGCCUGCGGGCGAAGAGACCUGAUUUAA